AUGGAUCAAGAUGACGAUCAAUAUCGUUGGGAAUCAGCUACUGGUAAUGCUAUCAAUCAGAACAAUCGACGUAAAGAAUUAGCACAAUUACCUAAUGUUCGGCUGGGAAUGAUGCGUCAUCGCUAUGUAGUACUCGAUAUGUCAGAUGCUAUGAAAGAUCAAGAUCUUCGGCCAAAUCGACUAUUUUGUUCUAUUGAACUUUUAAAAGAAUUUAUAUUUAUGUAUUUUGAUUCAAAUCCAACUAUCUCAAAUAGGCUUAAUAAUCACACGAAAGAAACGGUCAAGAAAAAAUAA